AUGAAUUUCCGGCUACUAGCGGCUCUUCUCGCGGCUUCAGAAGGUCUUGGCACUGAAGAUACGCCAUACGAAAAGCGAAUUGUCAAUCGAUGGAAUCUCAUGCGAAAGUGGGUCAAGGCCAAUCUCGUUGGACAUUUGCACGCUGAAAAGACUGCUGAUAAUCAAGAGCCAAAGGCGAUCAAGAAAAUCAACCGAGGAGAAAAAUACAUGCUCGACUACUACAAGCGAAAGCUCAACAAAAUCACCGAUCCAGACAAGUGGUCCAGAUGCUCGGGACAUGAUCAGGCAGAAUCUAGCGUUCCAGACGUCACACAUGAAGUGGGAACCGCAGCAUACGCCAUUGCGAAAAUGAACCAGGUGGUUGAGGACGUCUUCACCGAGGAAUGCAAGUUCAAACCAGCUUUGACAGAAACUCGCCGGGCAAUGUACGAGAAUCUUCUGAAUGUCACCUUCAUGAAGUACGCCAAGCAGUGCAAGAAGAUCAACCCCUUCGAAUGCGACACUGAAUACUGCGUGGCGAAGCAAUACGGAUGGGGCAGCACAAAAUGCACUGUUCGGGAGGAAGAAGUUGCUUUGGUUCAUGACGAUGAGGGAGACACGAGAUUUGGCGAAGAUGGAAAGUAUGAAGAUACUUGGUGGAUGAACUACAACUUAUUACAGUAA